CGACAGUGCAAAUGUCAAGUGAUUAAGAAGAUACACAUGAAAAAAAGAAAAAAGAGACAGAAAAGGGAUUAACAGGAAAUGUUAUAAAGACAUUGUAUGGUUACAAAUGAUAGAUUACAGGAAGAUUAGUGAAAGAAGCAGCAAAAUUUAGACAAACAUGUUUUGUAUUUUGAACAUUUCCUCUCCAACUUAUCAUUUUUCUAACGAAUGAUAAAAGAGUACAAUAAUCAUUUUUCCCUAAACCAUGGACUCAGACAGCAUUAUUCCAGAAUCAUUUGACAACAGAAAGAUGUACUCAGGUAAUACUAUGCCUUUUCUUGAAUUGUUAAUUACAUGUGAGUUUCUGCUUGCUGCUAUAUUUUAAAUUGCCAAAUUAUGACAUUAACAGGCUUAGUAUGUCUCUACCUUGAUGGACAGACAGACAGACAGACCGACUGAUCUUUCAAUAGCAUACUAAUACUUGGCUGCAGAGUCAUAUCUCAUGGUCUGUCAAUAAUUACUAUACCUAUAGGGGUAUUUACUAAAGCGAACAAAUGCUGUGAAUUUCACAUUUAAUUAUCUUAGCUGUGCAUUCAGGUUGGUAACUCUGGCAUUAAUGGUGAAAUUCACAUUGACUUCUCCCUGUCAAUUUCUAUCCACACAAACAAAACAGUAUAUAUUGUAGGAUUCUUCAAAUAACUGUAUAACAUAUGUGAGCAUAUAAAUCAAUGGCUUUUUUAAUAUUCCUGAACAUAAAUGUGACAUUAUUUUCCUGCAUUGAUGUGAUAUAGAGUGUGAUACCCUGAAGAAUCUACAUAUUGAGAUCAACUUUACUUUUUUCCUCUACAUCUUCUCCUUUAAGGUUCAAACCAAUUGUUGUACUUAUAUCAAUCUAGGAUCCUCACGAUCAUCCAUGACUCUUCUUUGUAUACUAUUUAUUCGGCCUUGUUCCGAGGGUGAGCAAGAGUUAGUCUUUUUCAUUGCUCCUGGGAGUGUGGCUAAAUUAACCCAUUUCUCUUUCCACACAUGUUUCAAUGCCCAUCCCUUGUAUAAGCUCUCCUUCUUUCGCCACUAGAAGAAAUAUGGGUCAAAAUAAACUUGUGACCAAUUUACUGGGAAUUGUGGUCACUGGCUUAUUUUUAAUCAAUAAGAUUCAUAAGGCCAUCUAGAUAAGAUUAUAUAAAAAGAAUGUUUUAAGUAUUUAAUUUAAGAUAUAUAGUUUUUAUGAGCUUUGUAUUUAUUUCUUAAUUUAAUAAUGAUUUUUGUGAAUUCUACUUGUUUAGGAACAAGACAUUAACAGCAUAUGUUUAGGAAGAUACUGGCUAAUACUUGAUAUUAAACAUAUACACAAUGUACAUUAUUGUUAUUAAUAUUUUUAUUAUUAUUAUUGGCAUUUAUAUAACUCCAACAAAUUCCGUAGUGACUUAAGCGUUAAUGCCACACUUUUACAUAAUGUCAAAGGAUUGCCAUGAAGUUUAAAAAAAUCAUAUGCAUUCAUCUAAUUCUAUUAUUAUUUCAGGAAGAAUAUGGCCUUAUUAUCAAAAAUAUCCAAUGCUUCUUACAUACGGACUCAUGACAAUUUCAUAUAUAUUGAUCUUGACUCUCUUCAUAAUGGUUUUAUCGAGCUGUAAGUUUUAAUAUAACUUAUUUUUGUGUUGCAAAAAUAGGCACUGUAUUAACUGUUCUAUUGUACUAUAAUUUAUAUGGCUCUAGCCAGUGGUGUAAAUUUGUAAAUUAAAGGACCACUAUAGUCACCAAGACCACUUCAGCUCAAUGAAGUGGUCUGGGUGCCAGGUCCCCCAGGUUUUAACCCUUAAGAUGUAAACAUAGCAGUUUUGAUGUCGGAGGGGGAGGAGAGGUCACCAGCGCCGAGGGAACCCCUUCAGCCCAGCGGGAGGGGGGCCCUGAGGGUGGGGGGGACCUAAGGGUUAUAUAGUACCAGGAAAACAAGUUUUUUUCCUGACACUAUAGUGGUCCUUUAACUGUACACAAGGAUUUUAUUUAAUUCAACAAAAAAAAAUAUAUUUAUGUCAUACAGAAACUAAUACUAAAUACCAAAGCACAUAUUCCUGGGGAGCCCCACACCCAUUCUAAAAUCCUUCACAAAUUAAAUAGUCUGUGAUCACAACAUAAGCAGAUAGUCAGGUUCUAACUAUACUUUGCAAAGCCCCCCAGAUAGAAGUGCCAACCAAUUACAUCCACACACUUUGUGGAAGUGACAGAAUUAUCCACUUAGGUCACUUGGGAUUGCAUAAAGAAUGGUCAUCAUCAGACGUAACCUGGUUUAAGAAGACUUUCCUUUACCUAUGCUGCACACUCUACUUACCAAAUCACAUAAUAUAUUGUGCCUUGCUAUUUGCCAGUACCUGUUUCAUUACCCCACCAUGUUGCAAAGUAAGGACAAGCCAUUGUGCAUGAUACCACUAAGUAUAACAUUACAUAUGUGUAAAGUUGACUUUUUGACGUGGAUCCUUGUGAUAUCCUUGUGCAUACAAGGACAAUAAUGUAAAAACAUACUGCUCUUAAAGGGACACUCUAAACACUAAAACUACUUUAGCUUAGUGAAGUGGUUGUGUUAUAUAGAUAAUGCCCUGCAGUCUCACUGCUCAAUCUUCUGCCAUUUAGGAGUUAAAUCACUCUGUUUAUGCAGCCCUAGAAACUCUUCUCUUAACUGUUAUCACAUAACCUCCCUAACCACUUCCUGAAAAAGAGCUUAAAGAGCAUUAUUUUUUAAAAUAUUUGCUGACUUGUUCCAAAACAAAUGCAUCACAAUGUUCAAAAUGACAUGCCAUGGAAAAAGUAGGUAACAUACAUUACAGAGCAGUUAAAUGAUAGCCAACAGGAACAAGGGGUUUUUGGACAAAGUGAAUGCUUAAUACAUAAAACACAAAUAAAACAACAAAGAGUAAAUCAUAAGCAGACCUGGGUUACGUGGCUACUGUUAUGUGUAAAAUUUAAAGCAGGGUUGGAUGCCUGAAAUACAGUUUUAGACACGGAUCCAAGGUCAGCCUAUUCACCUCAAAGGCAGAAAACAGUCCCAAAAAAAUAGCAGGAAGCCAAACAGCUGAAGGCUCAGUUGGAAACAGACAGACGUGGAUGUUGAGAGACUCACAUGCUGCAGUAACAAUGGUUGCACAGAGGAAUCUCCAACCACCAGGUAGGAUGGCAGCAAUGUCCCUUUGAGACGUGAGUGGUAGCAAUGUUAGUGCUCUGCUCUCACUUGUGGAAGAGACAAUGAUUUCUGUGGCCUCCGGGGUUAUGGAGACGUAUGACCUAUCACCCUCGCUUGAUUGAGCUUCCCUGUAGCAGCUCCCUGAGCCUCCCUGCUGAUGGAGUCAAAUGCAUUAGGCCUACCCUACAUUUGACCCACAACUGACUGCACCAGCAUUGCCAGAUGCGCCAUGCGGAGAGGAUUACCCUGCGGGUAUCCAGAGUUCAGGAGUCCCAUAGUAACUCUUGAGCUGUCACAUAUCCUGACAUAUCCCAGGAACCCCAGAAAUGGAACAAGCAACCAGAGGCAUGAGUACCUGGAGGAUUAACAGGUGUGAAUUCCUUGCAGGAUCCAGUAAAAAAAACAGCAGGAUAUGAGAAAGGAGGAGAGGUCUGCUGCAGACAAUUCCAGCAGGCCUGGGAACCAAGGUUGAGACCACCACAGUGUAGUCACCAACACAAUCAAGGCCCAAGCCCACAGUAUUGGAGCAGACUCACCAGGGAGACAGCAGUAUACUACUGGUUUCUAAUUGGUUAAUUUCUUAUUUUUUUUCACUUUGUUUGCUGCGUAGAGGUUUCAGUAAAGAAAUGUAUUGCAAAUUUGAAGCCUCCUGUGUUGUAUUAAAAUGUAACUUUAAUCAACACAGGAGUUACCUGCUUGGUCUUGAAGACUAUUACCCAGCAGGAGAUAAAAAUUCUAAAUUAAACAUACUUUUCAAUAAAUUAAGUUUAACAUUAGAUCUCUCUUUGCAGGAAGUGUUUGGAAGGUAUUGCAAGUCACAUGCAGGCAGGUGUGGCCAGGGCUGCAUAAACAAAGUGAUUUAAUUCACAAAUGACAGAUAAUUGAGCAUUGAGACUGCAGGGACAUGAUCUAUAACUAAAACAGCUUAAUUAAUGUAAAGUUGUUUUAAUGCCUACAGUAUCCCUUUAACCAAACCUCCAGUAGUGCCAGGGCUGUAGCCAGGACCCUUAUUUAGCAUUAAACUGCUGGAACAUGGUUUAACACUGAAUAGAGGGACAAUGACUAGGGACACAAGCAUCUUUAAUACCUUUAAGUCCCUAAACUAUUUUCACUAAUUUGUAAUUCACAAGUGAAGAUAAUGUAGCAACACACUAGUUUUGCAAAGGCAAAUGAUGACACAGAAUUUUGCUGUAUGAAGGUGCAUGCUGCCAUGAUUGCCAUGGAACAUCAUUUAUCAAAGAAAUGUGUACAUUUCAAUAAAAUAUUAAAACAUAAAGCCCUUAGAAGUAGAAAUUGCUCAUCUUGGCAAAAUUUAAACUAAGGCCUAAAUGAUAAAAUAAGUCUUCGUGGUCUUUCGGAGUAUCUUUGAAUCAGCUAACCUACAAUACAAUACAGUGGACAUGUUGGUGUUUGGCAUAUAAAUAAUAAUUUCUUUGCGCUUUUAACAUGGUAACUUUUUUUUGACAGCUAAAAAUUAUGGCUCUACAGCGGACAGCAAAGUUCAGACAGAAAUUGUUUCCUUCAAGUCGAAUAGUAAGUCAUAUAGUGUCUUAAAUAUUAUAGUACAACAGGAGGAAUAUAGUGAUAAAUGACUAAAGGUGGUGUAAACACCCAUUUCCCAACGAAUUGUUCAUGCUUAAUGUUUCAAAUCAAGCAUCUUCAACAAAAUUGCUAGUCUCAACUUUAAUGCUAAAUACUGAAUGCAAUAAGUUUGUGUGGUUUUUUUGUCCAAGCGAUUUUAGAAAACAAUGAUCAAUAUUUUUAACAGUUAAGGGGAAGAUGUUUGUAACCCCUUCUUUUCCAACACCAUGUACAUACAAAGCAAUGCAAAACAAAAUAUAGCCAUCCUUACUUUUACGUUUGCACCUGUGCCGGUCAAAAGAGACAAAUAUUUCAGCAGGUCCCUACUCAAUCCUUGUACAUUUCUGCACACUUCCAACAAUUAUUUAAAUAGGCCACAAAUUAAUAAAAUAGGCCACAUGAUAACAGCACACAUAAAGGAUUUCUCCAACCCUUUUUUGUGUAGAAUAGACUAAUGCCCUUUUGGCAUCCAGCUCCCGGUGCUGCUUAGCACGCCCCAUCUGACAUUACAAAAGCUGUGCUGAAGUCCAUAGAAAAGCCUUUGACUGGAGGAUUUUAUAAUCUCAGAGCGUAUGUGCACAGUUCCCACCAACGAAUGUAGGGAAUAGAAAAGUAGGGAGUAUCGGGGGUUACAAAAAUGUUUUGGAGGGGAUAGGGAGGAGGAAGGCUUCAAUCAGUGUGGAUGGGAAUAGAGGCAAGACCUUCUCCAUUGCAGGUGCUGUUUGGUCUGUUGGCAGCAUGCAGUGAGUGCUGACAACAGACAUAAAAUAAGCACAGAAUUUACAUUUGGCAGCCUGGAGUUACAGGCUAACUAAGUCACGUGUGCCGGGGAUGCAACUUGCCCCUGGCACACAAUUAAAAAUCUCUGGAUCUACAGUGUUUGAAGCUGAAACACUGCACAUCCAGACUCUUACCACCAUAACCACUUAAAAACGCAGACACGGUCAUGGUGGUUGAAAUAUCUCUUCAAUGAUACAAACUAGGAAAACACAUAUCAUAAUUGAAUCCUCACACACCACCUUGGUGUACAGUUGAAAUAUUGGACAAAACACUUACGACAGAAAAAUUACUGAUAAUUGAUGCAGCCAGCUGUGAAAAAAAAUGCCCAAAAAAGAGUUACAUUUAUUUCUUAAGUCAUGGCUUCAAUUUUAUUAUAAUUAUUGUUGCACAUAAAAUAAUGAUUUCUUUUUUAUUACACUUACUGUUUCACAUUAAUUGAGAUUGUAUAAUAUGUUGAGAGAAACCUCUUAUGUCAAAAUGGUUUAAAUAAAUACUCCGUGCACGAAUUAAGUUGUUUUGGUACCAGAAGGUCCUUGGCUCCAGCUUAACUUUUGGGGUUAAACAGUUAAUAAAUGGUUUAAACCCAAUCAAUUAAAUGUUGAAUCAAGCACCAUUUUGCUCUGAGACUCAGGGAUUUUUAUACUUAGAGACAGCAAAGGCAGUAAAAGGGACAGUAUUCGCAUCUAUAGUUACAGGACUUCUGAGGAAGUCUUGAGGGUCAAAAUGUUGGGGCUACUAUUUCUCAUGCUCUAGGUCAGUAAACCAAAUUAUAUGGGUGUAUGCAUUUAUUCUAUAGCACUUUAUUCUAACUACUAGUGGUUUUGGGACAGUUGUUCCGUCCUACUUGCACUGUUUAUUGCACUUUCUCAUUUGUCACGUUUACUACUGUACUGUAUGAAUAAAAUAUUUUUUAUGUGCAAUUUGUGGUGUGCCUUGGGUCUAUUCUCUAUUUUCAGUAAAAAGGGACAUCACUGAUGCUCACACGGCAGCUAGUGGUUAUCCAAAAGUAUAGGGCAGAAUUGUUAAGGAUUAGGCAUGAUAUUCCCUUAGCCGGGCACCUAGGUAUCGACAAACCCCUAGCCGGGCACCUAGGUAUCGAGUAAUACAGACUUAUUUCUGGCCAGGUGUCUCCGAGGAUGUCAGAUAAUACUGUCAAACUUGUGAUACCUGCCAGAAAGUAGGGACAAGAGGAGAUAACUCCAAAGCCUGACUACAUUCAAUGCCCAUUAUAGAGGAACUGCUUAGCAAAGUCACAGUUGAUAUUGUAGGACUCCUUGCCAAGCCUGGUCCAUCCAGCAAGAAGUAUAUUCUUACUGUGAAGUGGAUACGAUAGCUGAUGCCCUGAUGAGAGUUUUCGCUCAAGUUGGGUUCUCCAGAGAGACCAUUUCAGCUCGGUGUACUCAGUUCACCACUGAGGUUACACAGAUGUCUCGAUGUUCAUCACCAACUGUAACAAUUGGGAGUGAAUCCUGCCUCAUUUCCUGUUCACUUAUCUUGAGGUGUCGAAGAUAUAGACAGGGUUCUCCCUGUUAGAAUUAUUAUAUGGGAGGUAUGUGAGGGGGCCCGUAGAUCUCAUCUUAGAGCAUUGGGAAGGGGAAACAAGAGAGGAUGGGAUGCAAAUCCUAUCUUACAUGCUGGAACUGAGGGAUUGUUUAGAGGACCUAACUCAGAAGGUAACCUCCAAAUGGCCCAAAGCCACAAGUGAGUCUGAUACGAUAGGCGUGCCAGUGUCUGCAAUGGCUAAUUUAGAAAAUCUCCAACUCCCUUAUAAUCGUGGCUUGGCCAUUUUAUCCUAAAGAUUUCAAACCGGUUUGAUUUCACAAUUUAGUGUUUAGAAGGCACACUGAAUUUAACAAUACAUGUUCUCUGUUGCAGUUUCUGAUCUUUCUUCAAAAGUGAUUCAACUAGAAAAGACUGCUUACAGUAAGUUGUAAUCUAAUAUGUAUGGAAAGGCACUCAUAGCUUUCUAGUAAUGAAUAUAUAUUUUGCAGGUGCUUGAGUGGGAAUUAUUGCUUCUGGUCCAUCAAAAUUAAUCAAAGCAAAGGAAUUCAAAAAUACUACUUGAUUUGUAAACUAGGUUUAUACAGCUACCCAACUCAUUUCUAUGCUUUUUUUGCAAUCCUUUAUCAACAAGCUGCAAAUACUGCAAAUACUUUACUAAAUAAUACUAAAUUAUGGUCAGUAAAUUUAUGACUAGUAAUUAGCAGCUACAAUAAUGUUUUACAUAUGUGAUGGUGGUCCUGGUUUGUAAGUAUAUUUACAGGGUAAUAAAUAUUAACAAUAAUAUUUUAUAAAAUUAUUAAAAUCAAUAUAAUUUUUUUGAUGGAUUUAACCCCUUCCCAACCGCGGACGUACCAGGAACGUCUGACAAAAAAUGGUUGUCAACGUUUUGGACGUACCUGGUACGUGUGUUCUUUGUCAGUAACACAUAACAGGAACUGAGAAUCCAUGCCUAAAGCACAAUGUGAGAGAAAAAUAACAGAAAAAUUACUACCCAAAAGUUUGACAAAGACAGGUGGUAGAAUUAAUGCAUGGAAAGUGUUAAAAUACCACCAUUUGAAAUACGCUAUUACAUUGGCCGGCUUCAAAAAUGUCCCAAAUAGGACAUGGGUGCAUGAUGACCAGUUGUGAAAAUUCCAAGUUGGAAAACUGGAAUGCUUACCCUCCAAAUAAGGUCUUUUAGCCCCCAGAGAACCGACACACCUAUACAUGGGUGGUAUCCACUGUACUCAGGAGAUGUUGCUGAACACAUAUUGGGGUGUUCUUUGGCAGUACCCUUAAAGUUCUCAGUAACUCUUAAAGUUCACAUGUAUUCUUAAAUUGCUAUGUGUGUCAAAAAAAAUCUAAAUUUUUAAAUUUUUUCUAUUUGGCGUAGAUUGGUGGUAAAAUGGUUGCAUGAAAAGAGUCAAAAUACCCCAAGUUUAAUAACUUAGGUUGUCCUCUUUUAAAAAAUAUAUAAACAUGUGAAAGGUUAUUCAGGGAUUCCUGACAGAUGUAUUGUAUUUCUAAACUCAGGACAAAAUUUAGAAACUAUUUAGCAUGGGUGUUUUUUGGGGGGUGGUAGAUGUGUAACAGAUUUUGCGGGUCAAAGAUAGAAAAAAGUGUGUUUUAAAAAAAGAUUUCAUCAUAUUUCAGAAUUUAUUCUAUAGUAAAUUAUAUGAUAUGAUGAAAAUAAUGGUAUCUUUACAAAGACCAUUUAAUGGCGAGAAAAAUGGUAUAUAAUAUUUGUGGGUACAGUAAAUGAGUAAGAGGAAAAUUACAGCUAAACACAAACACAGCAGAAAUGUAAAAACAGCCAUGGUCCUUAAUGGUAAGAAAAUUGAAAAAUGGUCUGGUCACUAAGGGGUUAAAGAGUUACCCACUAUUUUAACUCUUAUAGACCCUGGAGUACGUUUAUUACAGGAUUUGUAUUUCACACAUUAAUCACAACUGAUUAUAAAAAUAUAAUUUAUUGUGACAAAUAAUUAAUAAUAAUAUGUAACAUGCAUGACAAUAAUCAAUGAAUAUUUAGGUAUAACAAUAGUAUAAAAUAUGUCAACAAUUAUGGCAACAAAUAACCACAACAUAGAUAAUUUCUUAAUCAUUGGAGGAUGAUGAGGUUGUUAGUCUACAUAGAAAUGAUCCCCCAGUAGGAUCAGUAUACUUAGUGUGACGAACUGAGCCUCGUCAAGUGUUCUUGGAGGGGCGUGCUGGCCAGCUUCCAAAAAACUAUGGGCCCUUUAAAAAACUAUGUGAACAGACUUGGUUCGUGGGAUUUUAUAUUUGGUUGGAGAACGGAACAGUCGCACGAACCAGAGACCACCCUGGAGCUUGUUAAGCCUAAUUGCUACUUUGUAGCAAUUUCCACCGCAGUGUUCUAAAUGUUCGCCUGGGUGACGGCAAUUCCUAUGGACUACAACAAGGUGGCGGCCAUCUUGUUCCCGCGAACACAGGCAGCGGUGUUUGGGCAUGAAUCUCAUGGAACUGAAAACAGACACAGAAACUCAUGAACACCGCUGGAAUUCCAGCAUCACCUGCGUUCAGUUCUACAACACAUAGAAAGGCGCUGUUCGGUGGAAACUUUCCCACGAACAAGGGGAUCAAGCUCCAGGGUAAGACUACUGACUCUUGUUGGGGAAAAUAUUAUGUAUAUAUCUGUUUAAUAUGUGCUUGAUUAAGUCUGUGUGUAUGGGAGGUCAGGAAUUUGUAAUACUAUAACUUAUUUCAAGCACAUAUUAAUCUGUUCUGGGAUGCAACACAAGGGCUCAAGUUUAGAGAGAGAGAAAAAAAGGGAUCUGGGUACUGAUAUAAUCUCAGGACUCAGUUUGGGAACAUCAAUUUGGAAUAGGGCAGACAUAGAGGGUCUUAACUCACGAGAACAAAAUUAUGUUAAUGGGUUGCAGCAAAUUAUGCUUAAAGAGGGACGAGUGGAUUUUAACACUCUAGCUGAAACUGAUGUCACGAUACAGAACAUUCACACCGUUGCUGCAGAUUUGCAGUGGAUUAAUAUAUCUGUGAAUGCUCUCAGAGAAUCAGUUAAUAACAAUAAUGUAUCUAAAGCUAUGGUAUGUGGUAUAGUUGGAAAUUUACUAGACGAACAUCUAAAUUUAGGCCUCCAAGAAAUAAAACGAGGGGAAUGGCCCAGAAUAAUCAAUUCUACCCUAGUCUUUGAUCUGGUUAGGGAAUAUGGCAUAGAUUGUCAGAAUGUAGUCCUUUCCAAAAUUAAAGGUCUGCAGAGUUGGUGCAAUAAGUGCAAAUUAGGAAAAAAGGUAAUUCCAUUAAUAAUUGACAUUCCAGUUUGGACAGAACAGCCUGUACCUGUUUAUAAGAUGACUAUGUUUGGUGAGUUGGAAGUGGCUAAUCGCACUAAUGUUUUAAAGCAAUUCCUUCCACAAACUCGCUUAGUAAUAAAAGAAGACCAGUUCUGGAAAGUUAUCAACCCCAGUUGCUGUGACAGACGUGGUAAUGCUUGGCUUUGUUCCUGUGUACUAGAACCACUAGUCCAGGCAGAUGGGUGCAUGGUGGAAAACUCAGGGAGCUGCCCUGUUCACCUUCACAAACCCAUAAAUGGUUGGAAAAGAGUGGUGCACGGACAGGGUCCCACGAUCUGCGCACUGGGAGUAUCUUCAGUUCUGUGGCAGCAAACAAUACAAUGUAGGGUACCCCCAAUAGGAUGGUGUGUUAAUCUUACCUAUGGCUCCAUGAAAGUGGGCAAAGAGGUCAUAAGAGCCAAUAUCCAACUCACACAAAGAUCUAUGGACGUGGUACAGGAAGAUCUAGGAAAUUGGAAUAAAAUGGCUCCCUCACUUUUUAAGAAAAUCCCACCACUUAAUGUAGAUUUGGAUACAUUAUUUAAAAGAAAUAAUCGAAGGGUUGUGCAAUUGCAAGAGCUGGUGAAGGAAAAUGUAGCUAGCCUUAAUGAUUUAACAAAUAGUUUUCAAGAGCCCUGGUGGAGCAUACCCUACAAUACUUACACACACCCAGGAUUAAGAACUGCUUCUGUAAUAUUUGUUUGUCUACAAUUUGCUUUAAUCUGUUCUCUAUUCAUUUUAUAUUGCUGUUGGAGGAAAGAACUAAAAAAAAUCCAUACAAAGCAGGAAAAAUUAGAGCUCACAUCCAUUUUAGGGAUAUAAAAUAUAUGUGUGGGUCUAUGUCUUCCUUUGAUUUUUUUUUUUUAAUUUUUUUUUAAUGUACAGAAAUCAGAGUGGGAGGUGGGGCUGUAUGUGAAUAAUCUCCUUAUUAGAUCUUAUUCAAGUGGGGGAGUGUUGGGGAAAAUAUUAUGUAUAUAUCUGUUUAAUAUGUGCUUGAUUAAGUCUGUGUGUAUGGGAGGUCAGGAAUUAUCUUCAAAGGGAGUUUCUGUUUAGAUAGUUGGAAAGAUACAGCACCUGAAAGGCACCAAUCACAUUUACAUAUCAACUGGUCAAAGGAGUCCCUAUAUAGGAAAACACACAUUGGGUUAGAGACAAAGGGAUGGCUUGGAAAGUUAACACUUAAAUAAAAUAACAGGAUAGACAACACUUUGGGCCUUGGGAAAGGAAAUCACAUUUCCAUGUCAAAUUGAGCUGAGGAAUUGGCUAUUUACAACAUGGGAACCAAUUCCUUUAAAAAUAGAAGAUACUGACAUCACAUUAGAUUAGGUUUGGUAAGACACAUGCUGCACAUAACAUCCCACAGCACAUACACAAUACAGUAGAUAUUAUUAGAUAGAUGGAAUGUAUGAGUGUUAUGAAUGUAUUGUAACUGUAAUACUAUAACUCUGUAACAUUCUUCUUCUGUAAUAUUGAAUUGGGCAGAUUCUAAGUAAAGAUUUCUCUCUGGUAAGAACUAUGGUGUUGGCUGUUUAUUUGUAAUAUCGGGUAGAAUACCUUAGUAGUUCUAGUCGUAUAUUUAUCUGGAUAAGGGGAUAAAGAUAUAUGUUAGUUCUUGGAAGAGGUUACACAGGGAUAUUACAUUCACUAUUAAAAACACAACGCAGAGUGGAUUUCUCUCAAAAGGAUACCAAUUGGAAGUAUUGGUGGUGAGAGAAGGAUUAUACAACAACUCUGUUUGGUAGUUUGUUUGUUUUUUAAACUACCGAACUAGACUGACCGCAAGCCCUGAUUCUCUGGAACUGUUUUGGGCAUGGGACCAUGCAGGCGGGCUGUCGGUCAAAUUAUGACUUCUGGGAAAUUCCUGAACCCCUGAACUGAUCUGAGUGAUUUUUUGAUUUGUUGGUUACCCAGAUCAGGACUAUCAGGGAUGUAACUUUUGUGGGGAUUUUAUGUGUUUUAAGGUUUGUUUGUUUUUUGUUUUUUUAAAUGUAUGUUUUUUAAUGCCUGGAGAUAAUUGAGUUUAAUACAGUGCUUGACUCAAUUAUCUCCCAGGCAUAGGGGAGGGAUUGACCUAUUUUGUAUAGGAUUGUCUUGGACCUGAGAGCCAAUAUAAUCAUGUAUAUGUUUUUACUGUAGUAUACGCUCAGGGAAGAGUUCCCCUUGCAUUGGGACCUGCAUAUAAGGCCAGUUUUGGCUGUCAUUGAACAGAUUUGUUUUACCCUUCAUGAAGUCUAGGCUCAUGUUUGGGGGAUUGGAGAGCUUUAUUCACUCUGGAGAUUGCUAUACUCACUAUACUCCUUUGGAUCACAAAGAUUGCUCUUGUAAGAGCAGCCCGCUUCGCUCUCUAGACUAGGAGAGGUCUACCUACUGGAAGCUGGAUCCUGGUCUUGGGUACAGGGUGGGUGGAGGACAGUGAGACCCCAACCAAGCUGUGGCAGUUUGUGGGGUUAACGAUGGUUAUGGUGUCCAGUGCGGUGCUUAUGAUACUCAAGGAUUACUAGGAAGCAGCGAUUGAUGGAGGUACCCAGUUUUCAAGACACAUGAAUAAUCAGAUAGCUUUUUAGGAACAGUGUCUAGCUACAUAAGUUAGAUUUUUUUUUUUUAAAGGAGUUACAAGCAAAAUUACAAAUAAUUCCUCUAGAAUUUAAUUAAGUUAUUUUAACAUAGAUGCAUACUUCAGCAAUGUUACAGGAAUCUUUCAGAGUUCUUUAGAAUUCCUUUACACAGAAUGUGACACAGAACGUUAGUGUCACGAUUCCGGAACCUAACACGCUAACAGGUCACAGAGAGGAAGGGUGCUAUACCGGUCCUUAGAGUGGCCGGGCUAAGCACGCUAAGAAUAGUCAGGAGACAAGCCAAGUAAAGGGAGCCAGAAAACGGGAGAACGAGAAACAAGCCGAGGUCAAAGGAGUGGAGAAGACAGGAUAAUCGGAAUAACGAGCCAAAUAAUCGGAAACCAGAGAGCAACACGAGAGAACAGCACCACAGGUAUCACAAGACCACAAGAGGGCACUGAGGGACAGGAAAGGUAAGUAUAAAUACCCUUGGUUUAAUUCUGAUUGGAUAACUUCCAAUCAGAAUUAACAAUCACCCGUAGGGGAUAUCUAUACCUCCCACUGUGAUUGUGGUACUGUUUCUUUAAUGCCGGGUCACUCACGUGACCCCGGCGUUUACAUAAUUUAGUGACCUCCCAGCGUGCAGCGUUAUACAUGCUGCCGCUGGGGGGCGUGGAGGACGCGAGUGGCGAGCGGCAGGGAGGAGACGCCGCUCGCCGACAGGUGAGACGAGGGGAGACCGCGGACGGCGACUGACUGAGGGUGAGUGCUGCAAGUGGCGUGCAGCCUCCCCUCCAAGCCGCCCGCGGAUCCCUGACAGUUAGCAGCACAGCUUCAAGUCAUAAAAACUAGAUGCUGACUGGUAGUUAGAAUCAACACACAAAAUUAACUCACUGCUGGCUACAAUUCUCACAGACUAAACACUUAAACAUUGCAAAAAAGAUAUACAAUGUUCCUCACAAAAAUAGUCAACUUAAUACUUUCUUCCAUCCAGUAACCAAAAGAGUAUUUCAAAAUUUUCACACUGCAGAUAUUUUCUGAUUAAAUAUUAACUAUCCCUAAAUUCAGAUAAGUCAAUAUCUGGAUAAUAACUUGAUAUGUUAAACUUGGCAAAUUACCAGUGAAUUAUAUAUAUAUGAUUAUUGGUCCCCAGCUGCAGUCUGAGGUUUUAAUUAUGUAUAUAUAAUUCCCUCAGCUAAAUAUGAUUUCAAAAGUUUGAAAUCUGAUUAACAUUAUCCAGGUAUAUCUCGGAUUAGAAUUAACAUUUUAUUACAUUUAAUUAAACCAGCAUAUUUACCAGUUUUCUUGGUAGAAAAUUCUUUAGGCUUGAAGAUAUAAUCCCAUAAAUGGUGAAUGCAAGUAAGCGUUUAGAUAGAUAAUAUAGAAUAAUUCUGUUCCGGCAAAGCUCAGUUGGAUUCAUCAGAGUGUUAUAGUGGUAUUUCACUUGUCCGAUCUGAUGGUGCCUUGAUGAUCUCCUGAAUUCCCAAUUUCUGAAUCUUGCAUCUGACCAGUGAAUCCCCCCUUUGGAUUCGACCUUUGGAUUCGACCCUCUAACAGUGUCGUGUUCUCAUUUUAAAAGAAUUCCUUCACUUGAAAUUCUUUAUGUCACCAAUUUAAAGUGAACAAUGGGAUUAGCUUGGUGUACCUUCUAAUUGAAAAUUGAAAUUUGUGAUUGAAAAUUAAGUAAAAAAAGUCUUAUCUCUAUGGCCAAUCCAUCAUGGCUGGUUGUCACACUUCAAGGGAUAUUAGUCCUUUUUGGUAGACUACCAGUCUCCUUUUCAUGCCAUAAAGUAUCUUUUUGACACAUCUGGACUUUGGUUCAACUCACUCUUUCAAUGGGGUCUAAUAUAAUUUAACUCCUUAAGGACACAUGACGGAAAUAUUCCUUCAUGAUUCCCUUUUAUUCCAGAAGUUGUGUCCUUAAGGGGUUAAAAAGUAAAAAUAAUUACUGGUAGGGAGAAUCUCUUUUUUUAAAAUUAUACUCGGUCUGGUUUUCUCAGUUACACUGUCCAAUAGUAUGGACUAAGUAUGUCUGUACUAUUACUAUGUGACAACACAUGAUAUAUACAUGUCCUUUACACACAGCUAAUGUUCGUUUUAAUAACAAUGAAAUCUAUUCAUUAGGUUCUAUCUAUGAAUACAUUAAAAUUAUCAAUGUAGGUACUAUUUGUAUAUAAUUGAACAUAAUUAAAUGGUUAGUAUAUAUAGAUAUAUGUGUAUAGGUCUAUAUAUACACGUAGGCUCUCAACCGCCCUUGUUCAAAUACUUUGGUUUCUAACAGCUCUAAGUGUAAGAGAUGUCUUAUCUCUAAUCACUGUUUACAUUAGCUGCAUUGCAAUCAGUUUGGUCAUGCAGUGAAUCCAGUAGGAAAUAAAAUAAAAAAAAUGUGUCUUUGUGUUUUACCUUCUGUUACAAAAUGGAGUCACAUCUGCUAAAUAGUGGCUUUACAGUAUACAUUUUUUAUUUAAUUUCCAUAAUACCUCUGACAGGUUGAAACUGUAGGUAAAUAUGCAGCUUCUUUGAUAGUUUGUCAUUUCUGAUACUAAUGGAUUUUUAUAUGCAUUACGUUUUUUGAUUACUCAACGUUCAUGAUUUAUAUAUAUACAAAAGGUGGAGCUAUACCCUGUGUCCCCCUGUAAUCAAAAGUUUUCUUUCUGCUUGAAAUCUGGUUACUGGUUACAGAACAAAAAUUUUAAUGUAAUGCUUAACAAUUUCACAUUCAAAGUAAAUCGGUCAUUUGUUGUAAGCAGGCUUUCUACAAUUAUCUGAUUCUGUUUUGUAAACAAAUUACUUUCUCCGUUAUCUUUUUAUCAGAGGAAACAUGUGAGAGUAGCUGGCUAAAUUUCAAAAGCCACUGCUAUUUCAUCACUUCUACAAAGACAAACUGGAUGAAGGCUCGGACAACAUGCAUAUCCAAGGGAGGUGACCUUGUUGUAAUCACAAGUCAGGAAGAGCAGGUGAUGCCUAAUUUCUGUCAAAUUACGUAUCUUCAUAUUUCCAUCUGUGAGCAAAAUAGACUUUGGUUUAAUGUUAAGGCAUAUCAAGUGUGGUUUAAUAUGAUUAUGUUUGUAACUGUAAAUGCAUUAGGAGUGUGUACGUUAUUUGUGACUGCUUAAAUGGAUAAUCUUAGCACCAAAACAACUUCAGUUGAAAGGAACAUUGUAGGCACUUCAACAACGUCAUCUCAUUACCCAUACAGGGAUGUAAUUUCUAAUUAGUGGGGUAAUAGCUGCUUGAUCCAAGGACAUACCUGACUGCUAUUUUGGGGUCAAAAAUGACUUUUCCUAGUUUGUUGCAAAAUUGGAAUUGCUUCAGACUGGGUUUUUUGCCUUCUUUUGCAUCAACAGCAAAAACAUAUGUGAGGAAGGCUGAACUUGAUGGACGCAAGUCUCUUUUCAGCUAUGUAACUAUGUAAGUUGCUAUAGUGCCUUCAAUGCAGGACACCCUGUCCUAUCUCCCAAACCUUAUAUUAAACUAAAUAGAAAACUUGAAAGUGAGUCUUCAAGCCAUGACUCUGGGUAUGAGAGCCAGGAAGUAAUAUACCAGUACUUAAUUCAGGCGCUGAUGAGUACAAUGAAUACAUUGAGUACAAUGAAUCUCUAUGGAGGAAUCGUAAGCAUUGGUGCGGGAGAUAAGGUGAGUAAUUGGUAUAUUUUAGUUUUAUCUUAAUUAUGUGGUGGGGUUGAAUGGCAAGAGGCACCGGGACUGUAGUGUUAUCAAUACAGAUACGUAUUUCUAAUGAUACACGGCUCCUUUAAUGAAGCACUUUUAGUGUAGAGAUAAUGUCCCUACAAUAGCACUACAUAACUACAUAACUCUCUGCCAUUUAGGAGUUAAAAAACUUUUGUUUCCAUUUAUGCAUCAAAAGCCACUGCUCCCAUGGCUGUGAGUCACACAGCCAACAUGAAAAUUGGUUUUAAUUUAAAUCAGAUCUUAUAUCACAGUGUGUUUACUUUAGAAGUUCUUAUCUCCUGCUCUGUUAUUUGAACUGAAUAGUCUAGUGUUUAUAAUGGUCUGUUUAGAGUAAACCAGUCACCAAAAUGUUCUCGAUAUAAAUUUAAAGUAAUACUACCAACAGAUAAAUUAUAUUUCAUAUAAAUGAGAACUGUUACGUUUACCUGCAACUGACAAUCAGAGAUUUGACAAUUAUUCUAUGUAGAGAUAAUCACAUAGGAAUUAUGUCAGAAUAUUUUCAUAACUGCUUACUAAACAGAAAUGAUUGUGUAACCUUAGUUUAUGACGCUGUAGGUUAUAAAUGUAUUGUUUUUGUUGUAUUGUUUCGGUUUACAUUUUAUAUUAUUUCAGCUUUUCCUGAUGUCCAAGGUCAGUUAUAAAACUAACCGAUAUUGGAUAGGCUUGAGCGAUACUGAGGAUGAAGGUGUGUGGACAUGGGUUGAUGGAACAGGCUAUGAAAGAUCAUACAAGUACGUUUUCCUGAAUUACAAAAAUGCCUUGUUGCUUAAAAUCUGAAAAGCACAAUAUUUUUUAACGUUUAGCUAACACGUUAUUAUUACAUUUAUUAAAUGGAAGCCGUCACUUCCCAGAAUAUUAAUUAUUAUGUUUGUCCAUUCCUAUACUUAGUAAAAAUGCAUUUGUGAAGUACAAAAAAUAAAAUAAAAUGUAGAACUCCAUACCUCUUUCUCCUGCAACUGGCUACCUCCGUCUUAACUCCCUGUCAGUCAUCAUUAUAAGAUCUGCACUGUGCAUCCGGCAGUCAGCACAAAGAAAACAUACAGAAAAGAAGAGAAAUUAAACAAAUCGAGAUUAUUCCCUAAAGUGGAAAUUUAAAGUGAAUUUAAAAUUUAUGGUCAAAGUAGCUGAACUCGAAGCAUAGCUGAAUUAGAUCAUUUUUCUAGUUAGGCUAUUUUUACCUUGAAUUUGACAUUCACUUUGAUUUCUCACUUUAGUGAAUGAUUAAUUACAUAUAUUUAUCCACUAACAUGAUGCAAAUGCACAUAUCCACCCACAACAUUCUACAUAUAUUAUACACACACACACACUAUAUACAGGCCUUCAUAAUGCACAGGUGCACAAACUAAAAUACAUAUUGCAGGCACAUGUAUAUAUCUAUUAGAAUUGUACACCAUUAGUGUGGUUCACAAUGUUGGCAUCGGGAAGGGUGUUCAAUUAACAUCUGUAGUACUAUGGUUAAUCAGCAUAACUAGUGACCACAUAUUGAAAGAUGCAGGCUCUGAUUCAGAGGUCUCCACGUUGACCGGUGAAAGUGCAAAAAAAGGCCCUAUAAUUACUCCCCUAAGAUGGGGAAUAACCAACGAAAAUAAUAAUAGAAACAGAGACAAUGGGACGAAAAAACAAGAAGGCUCAAGGACCUGUAGGUCCCCACCAGCCAGAUAUUAGAAUCUCCUUUUGAGUGGCCGACAAACUCACAGGCCAUAAAGAUGGCGCCUGAUUCGCGCCGUACACACACGCGGCAUCUGAGGCCUUGCAAGACGAAGAGGAAUCCAUACCUUCCCCCCGGUCAGAAACACCAUCUUGCCUAUCUGAAUCGGAGGAAGACGAGACACCCUCCACAAAAGGGGACAUAAAAAGACUCCUCACAGAAAUGAGGAAAAUCUGGGGAGCAAACCUCAAGCAAGUCCAGAGAGAGGUAGGGGAGGUGCGCCAAAAAGUCCAGGCAUUGGAAAACCAUGAGACAGCCAGAGAAAAUAACCUAAAGGCCAGGGACACCCACCUAGAAAAACUCACCUCUCAAGUGCAACAACUGAGACGCUCGGUGACCACAAUUGAGGCAAGGCACUGGCGGAAAAACCUCAGUCUCUGAGGGAUCUCUGAAUCAGUGACCAAUGAGCAGCUCAUGCCCUAUGUCCACAAGCUGAUAGCACAUAUGGGUGUGGGGGGAGGUAAAGACAGGCAGCGGUUCUCCUCAGCAUUCCGGGUGAGGAAAUUGGCGGCAGCCCCAAGCAGAGCACCCAGGGAUGUCAUCAUGGUGACCCUGGAUAUAGCUACAAGGUCAGUUAUAAUGGCACGUUCCAGAGAAAUGGGGGUAAUCCUUAAUGAAGGACACAAAGUGGCAAUAUUCCCUGACAUACCAUUCACCGUUCUCACGGAGAAAAGAAAGCUGGCACCUAUAGCCAAGAAAAUGCGAGACUCAGGAAUAAGAUACCGCUGGGGAGUGGAGGUUACCCUCUUAACAGAAAUAGAGGGAGAGAGUAUUAUCCUGACUCAGAAGAUGAUCCAGAGCCCUUCCUGCAAAAGGUGGGUCUGCCCCCGAUACGGGAAACCCCCUCACCCACCAAGCGACCCGAAAGACCAGAGGGUCCCAGUGAGAACAACCACACACAGAGCAAGCCAUCCAGCUUCAAGGUGAAGAGACUGACUCCAGCACACAGAGCCACAGAACCAUGACCAUCAGAGAAGAAGGACCGAACGAAAACUGAUGCUAACAGGGACUCCCUUUGGUAGACUGACUUAACCUGCUGACCCACCAAAGAUCAGCCACCGACCCUGAAUUAAAACACAGAGGCAAACAUGACAAGUAACUGAUGCCCCAUUACUUAUCAAGCAGACACUCUCAAUGGACAGUCUCAUAGAGACCCCGGUGCCAGCACACCUAUAUAAAACAAAGCGGCUGCCUAAACACAUUGCAUAUGUGCCUACCUAAAUACACUGCAUUACUAAUAUAUUGCAUUACUAAAUAUAUUGCAUCACUAAAUGUGUUGCACCACUAUAAUACAGCAUUACUAGAGAUAUAGCAUUACUAGAGAUAUUGCAUUGCCAGAGAUAUUGAAUUGCUAGAGAUAUGGCAUAAUUAUACAGGCUGCAUUACUAAAUAUAUUGCAUUACUAUAUGUCUUGCAUUACUAAAUAUAUUGCAUAACUAUAUUGUUGUGUUACUAUAUUAUUGCAUUACUAGAGAUAUUGCAUUACUAGAGAUAUUGCAUUACUAAACAUAUUGCAUAAUUAUACAGACUGCAUCACUAAAUAUACUGCAUUACUAUAUGUCUUGCAUUCCUAAAGAUAUUGCAUAACUAUAUUCUUGCAUUACUAAAGAUAUUUCAUUACUAAAUAUAUGGCAUAACUAUAUAUACUGCAUAACCAUAUAUAUUGCAUAAAUGUACACGUUGACUAUAACUUAAUAAAAAAUACAAAUUAAAAAAAAAAACAAAAAACAAUUAAUAAUGAAUACAAUUUGGGGCGUGGCUUAACGCUCGGCGCGAACGGACGCAUGUGAGGUUAGCUCCGUUCUGUUUUGGCCUAUACAGCGACAUUAUUAGCAACAGUGACCAGCAUUAACCCCACAACCAAACCUCAAGCAUGGCUCAAACCAAGGGGAAGAAGAUCCCCCAAAAAACGACAAAAGCGGGUUCUUUUCCGCCCGCAAUCAACCACCCAAGACUCAGAGCGCAGGAGAUCAAAGCCAAGAUGGCGACGACACGCUGCCGCUGCAGGACUCCCCUGUGGGAAGAGAUCUACCGGUUACACAGGAUAUACUCCAAGCAUGCCUAGGAGAAAUGUCUGAUAAACUGCUGCACAACCUCAACAAGUCAAUUUCAGACUUAAGAAAAGACGUGCAGGAGCUGGGUGACAGAACAGCCCGCAUGGAGAUCCGCAUGGGCGAGUAUGCAGACGCACACAACGACAUGGCUGAUCAUGUUCACCACCUGGAACAGGCGCUGGAGUCCUGCCAAAAUAAAAUCAUGGACCUAGAAGAUAGAUCGAGGAGACAGAACAUACGAAUUGGGGGAUCCCUGAGACGGUGAAGCAGCCCGAAAUAGCGGCGUACCUCACGGCUUACUUUAAAACACUAGCUCCUGACCUCCCAGCAGAUGUCUUGCUCUUGGAUAGAGCGCACAGAGUCGCCAAACCAAGCUUCCUUCCAGCAGAAGAGCCGAGAGAUGUACUGACGCAUCUCCACUAUUAUCAUGCGAAAGAAGCAUUGAUGAGGGCAUCUAGGCUCCGCAAAGAUCUUCCAGCCCAAUACAAUUCCAUCCAACUCUAUGCAGACCUCUCUGCCCAAACUUUGAAAAAAAGGAAGGAAUAUAAAGAAAUAACGGACGCACUUCGGCUCCAUGAGGUACCUUACCGCUGGGGUCACCCAGUCCGUCUCCUAAUACACAAAAAUGGAGCUAUGCAUGUCAUCACCUCCCUGGCGGAUGGACGGAAAACCCUACAGAAAUGGGGCAUACAACCCCAAAACCAGACAAGAAGUGGCAACGACCCACAACCGAGCAAGCUUCCAGCCGAAUGGAAAAGAACCCGCAACUAAAACUGGAGCCCUUCGGCCCUGACGGAGGGGUAACACACUUGGGAACUUAGCAAGCAUCGGAAAUGGUGUGAGAUGCCAUAAGAUACUCACACAAUCCACAAAUAACAGAGAACGGGACUGAAAGUGCCACAAGAAAGGACUAUUGAUCUCAAGGAAGGUGAAUAUGGUACUACAACCCCUCACGCUGCCUCACAACACCGGCAGCGUUUCACACAUACGCAAAGCACACUCAUUCACAACAUGCACAGAGCAUUCAUAUUGGGGACUAGCAAAACACCAAACAUGCCAACCUUUGGGACAAUAAUGCGGUACAAAUCGACACACUACGCUACCACAUGAACUCACAGCUGAAGCCUGAUGGGAGGCAACUAGCCUUAGAAUAACUGGGAACAGAUACUAGGUGGCUGCAGGGAACAUCCAGCGAAAGACGCAACACCGCCCAUGAAAAGCAGCUACGCCUGGGGGAGUUUGGGGGGAGCGGGGAGUUAUCACGGGGAAAGGUAACUGUGUUUAUAAUGUAUUGCAAUAUGACUGUUCAGGUUAUUUGGAACAAUGUAUGUGGAAUAGUUUGCUAAUUUAGCAUAUAUGUGAAUAGGAUAGUCCCACUCACACUAAACCCUACCCCCCACGAAACCCCCAAGGAGACAUACAAAUAUUAGAGAAUAGGAGUAGACUACAUUGAUAACGUCAUACUACAACAAAACCACAAUGCAACCAUCACAAUCUCCCACACACCUUAGACAACCGGAUCAAUACACCACACCAGGCAGCAACCACAGUCCUGCACUACUCAGCGCCACACAGAGUGACCCCAAUAGGAGCUUUCCAUCAGGGGAAUGCACCGUCCCCCAGUAACACGAGAAGAGAAAAAAGUUGGCACAGUAAUCGGAUAGCAAAUAGGGGGCACCUGAGAUCCCCACAAAACACACACACAAAAAAAGUGUAUAAACGUAUACUCUCUGUUUGUCCUUAAUAUUCCCGAGAUAACACCAUUUGUACAACACCCCCAGCUGCAGUCAAUAAUAAUAAUAUAAAAAAAAACAAUAAAAAAAAACACCCAAUGUUACACUACUAUAAUGUAAGUAGGUUGAACCCAAGAGACAACAGCAGUCCAGCGUAACUGCUCUCCACUGCCCCACCGCAGGGCCGACAGUUGCCGAGAGGAACACCUCCAAACCACCAUUGGUCACAACAAAUUGAUAAUGGCCAAUCUUACUACUGUUCUUUCCUUUAGAAUAACCACGCUCUCAAUGGUACCGAUAGUCGGAACCAAAGCCCACCAAUGGGCUAUAGUUUUAACUCUUUUACGGUUCAUACCCUCACAGUAUGACCCCACCAAAACCCCCUCCCUAACCCCCCCCUUCAACAUUACCCCGAGAGACAGAUGUGUCUACCGAACAAGACGGAAACACCCACCUGAACAACAUGCCAACCUCAGAGCCCACCAACCGCCAAGCGCGGACUGUCCCUACUACCACUAAACAAAACACUCAAGCCCACAAUGCUGCCCAGCACUGUGAAGACAAAACUAACUCACCACCAGCUACUAGCUCAACCCACCCCACACAAAGAUCACACAAACAGAGUCUAGCGUCUCAAGAUACUGACCUAAAGUAUGAAAGUACAAAGCUAUAAUGUAAGAGGGUUGAACACCCCAUAUAAGCGGCAUUGCCUCUUCCGAGACCUUAAGAGAGACCAGCCUGACGUAGUCUGUCUUCAGGAAACACAUUUUAAACUGCCACCGACCCUAAAACCAUCGUUAUACCCGCACCAAUAUCAUGCCACAUCAGGGAAAAAAACAAAAGGGACAUCAAUACUGAUUAGCAACACAGUAUCCUUCCAGCACCACCAUUCACAGAUAGACAAGGAGGGAAGAUACAUGAUAAUAAUAUGCACCAUCAACAACGCUAAAUACACCCUAGAAAAUGUAUAUGCCCCUAAUAUGAACCAAAGGGAUUUCCUACACAAAAUCCUAACCAUAUUACGACCAAUACAGGAGGGAAUACUGGUCCUAUGUGGGGAUUUUAACCAUAUCAUAGACCCCAACAGCGACACAACAUCCUGCGCUGCCAGAGCGGUGCAAACAAAACAACGUAAAACAUGUGCAUCAUAUCUUAAAUUAUUAGACAGCAACAAACUGUAUGACGUUUGGCCAGUCCUGCACCCUCAUGAAAAGGAUUACACGUACCACUCAACUACACAUAAUAUGUACACCAAGAUAGAUACAUUCCACAUGGAAAGCCUACACUUAGAUCAGGUUCUGGACUGCUCUAUCGGCCAAAUUACAUGGUCGGACCAUGCCCCACUAACACUGACCCUUAAAGACAACUACGAUUACAAACAUAAGAGCCCCUGGAGACUCAAUGAAUCACUACUGACAAACAUACCCUUCUCCAACCAAAUAGAAGACGCCAUAACAGAAUUUUUCACACUCAACGACACGGGAAAUACAUCAGCAUGCACCUUAUGGCAAGCACACAAAGCAGUGAUUAGAGGACUUUUACUAAAACGAGCAACACACCUGAAACAAAUUAAUCAAGCCCAAUGAGUAGAAUGGAACAAACAAUUAAUAGACCUCACAAACAAAAACAAAACGCACCCAACAGAAGCAAUACAAAAAAGCAUUAAAGAAGUAGCAGAAAAAAAUUAGACUACACACGCUGCAACGAGUAGGCUUUAAUUUACGCAAACUCAAAGCUACAUACUACGCACAAGGAAAUAGAGCAAGCAAAACAUUAGCAGCCCGAUUGAAACGAGCAUGUGCUACAAUAAUAUUGUUACAGAGUUAUUAACUAAACAUCAACUUUUUGUCUAGAUGGGAUGGGGCAUAUACAAUAUUAAUAUUGGGGUAACUUUUAUUUCCCUCCCACCAUUGCUCAGUAAUAAGCAACUGGGUAGCUAUGGCUGCCCAAUCACUAAAGCUACACACCACUAGCAGUGAGAUGUGGUCUGUAAAUAAAUAAGGAGGACCUGCCACUGGUCCUCCCUCCCCCACCCAUGGGCAAUGUGUAGGCACUAAAUAGUUCUAGAGAAGGCAUAUGCCAUGGCCAGAAAUAGGCAAGACUUGAUUUCAGAGAGAUGUCAGCUGUCAGAGACUUGGCUACCACGUUAACCAAUCAAAGAGCUCUAACUGAUAUUCAACUUUGAAUGCAUGGGGCCCUCAGUGUGCUCACAUAGGUUUUUUUGUUUCUGGGACAUCAUGCUUUUGUUUUUCCACACAUUUUUGGGGAUCAUUUUAUUUUAUUAAGUUGCAUCAGGUGACCUUUUUUGAGUUCAAAGAAAUAUAGAAAAAAAGAAGACUUAGGAAAUUACUAAGAAUUAGUAGAAUAAUUAAUAAACAUGAAAAUUUCUUCUUUUACAGUUUUUCUUAUUUUGUUUUAGAUUUGUGCUUGCAGGGCGGUGGGCAAGCCAUAGCUGCCCAAUCACUAAUUACUUUAAUCUUCUGUUAGUGCUGCCAAGUAGGAUUAUAAUUAAAAUGUACACUACUAACAAUUUCACCCCCUUCGCAUACCAAUCUCAGCUUAAUAAUAGCUGUCACAAUUCUAUACAUUUUAGUCUUGUUUUUGCCCACCAGGAGUAUUAAAAUUAAAAUUUAUUUUAAUUUUAUAAGUAUUUUAACUAUUUACAUUUGAAUUAUUAAGAGCGUAGUGGACACAGGAGGAUUAGUCCCCUGGCUUGGGAUCGAGUCCUUUUCUACCCAGCGUUCAUCUCUUCUGCUAAGAGGACUAUAUAGCAUUGAGCCUUUCAUUAUAGCAACACUAGACUAGAGGUACAAAGGAUCUUCCAGAGAGAGAGAAAGAGCUUCCAAUUCCUCCACAAAUACCAGCCAAACACUUGUUUAAGUGGGAAACAGAACUGAUGAAUUGUGGAACACAAAGGGUUUUGUAUACAUGUUUUGUUUAUACAGCAAACACAAAUCAACCAGUGAAACACUGCACUGUGCACUUCCCCAUUGUAUCGAGAUUCCUUUGUCUGAUAUUUAAAAUCACAAGUUUUGAUAAAUGUCCCAGGCUGUGAAUCUCCAUCAUUGUUUCCAAUGGCUGCUCACAUGUUUCCAUUAAGUGCUAAUCUUCCUGAGGGAGCUCCCUCAUAUGCCGGGUGUCAUUUGAUAGAUCUUACGUAGGAGCCCCCUCAAUGCAAGAUUGGUGCAUUCCUGUCACCAGGUACAGCACCUCUUUUAGUUUUUUAGAUAUAGCUAUCCAUGUCAGGUGGAGGAAUUGUGGCUACAUUUUAAAUUUGUAUAGGUGACCGGAAAUGGCAUUUUUGAAAGGGAAGGUAUUAAAACACUCAAACCAACCCUUAAAAGUGAAGGUAACAUAACACAUCAGAAAAUAACAUGGAAUAUUUAGCUGUAUUGCUGUUACAACGAGUAGAACAGAAUGUUCUAAAGGCACUUCUAGCAUGGUGUGUUUUGCCUAGGUCCCACACUGUCUGAACUUUUGUUCCUUAAAAACUUACUACAUAUGUAAAUCAUAAAGUAACUAGUUAACAUUUCAUGCUCCAAAAUGGAUGGAUAUCAAUAAAGCUGGAUGUGUAAAUGGUGUAAAAAAUCCCUUAAUUUGAUUUGUUAGUUUUGGCUCCGCGUUGAUCUUUAUUGAUUCUUAUCAUUCUUUUCUAUAGGAACUGGAGAAAAGGAGAACCUAAUGACUAUGAGUAUAACGAAGACUGUGCUCACAUGUGGCUUAAUGGCGAGUGGAAUGAUGUGCACUGCACAUAUGAGGAUUGUUUUGCCAUUUGUGAAAAGAAGCUAAGCUGACCACUGACCACUGCCAACAAUAUGCCAGUAUUGCAUGCAUCCAAUAAAUAUUUUAUUGUGUAGAUAUAAUAAUCAUGAAACAAAAUUUAUCAUGUAAAAUUCGACUUAAAAAUUGAUCUAAAUAUCUAAAUAGUUUAAGGAGUGUUUUGCUAGAAGUAACUAGAUAUGAAAUCAUUUAACUUUUUUAAUCACCGCCUAGAAUGAAUCAGAAUUUUAAGAAGAAUGUAUCACUAACCGCAAUACAGGAAAGAGUGGAAAUGUGAUGUUUUUUAAUGAAAUUAAAAAUAAAAGAUUAGCAUAGAUUUUUUUUUUUGGUUCAAAUUGCUUUGGUUAUUGCACUGAAUAUGUAGCCUUUUUUGUAAAAUCUUGGUUUGCUUUGCUGUGAGGAUGGCAUUUACCUUGAAAUCACAUAAUUGCAUAAUACCUCACUCAGGUACUGUAAAAUAUGUGGAGCAGGUAAAGAAUGUAAAAGUGCAGCUCGGACAAGUAGGGUUUAUAGAUCUACCAGGUUUUUCUGGAUACACACCAAUUCUACAUUAAAACUGCUGCCCUUCAGAAUGGAAAUUAUACAUACUACAUUUAUUAUUAAAGCAAG